AAAGUAACCAACCACCAUACUCGACUGACGCGUUUCGUUUGUCUCGAUCGUGCGCGUCCUUCUUUCAUUGACUUCUUUCAAACUCUGGCGAAAAUAAGUUUUGUUAGUUUUAAAGUUUCUAAAUACUUAUUAAUCAGAUACUUUAUGCCUUACAAUGGGACUAGUACAAACUGCACUUCGGAUUUAUUGUUUGAGUGGCUCUUGGGAGCAAGUUCUAUGCAAUUAUGACUAGUGAACAAAGUUGAGUGAACUUGUGAGUAAUACAGUGUCCAUUAUGUUUAGCGCUGGGCUAAGCUAAAUCCUACAGGUGUGCUGCUGUACGCAUUGUUGUGGUAUUCAAAUCCUAGCAACCACGUUCUAUGAUGAAGUUAUGUUGUGUCAAGUUGAAUUAUCGGUGUUGUCGGAGGAAGUGUAACCAGAAAACAUGUAAAAAGUGACUGCAUAUAGUAAACUUAAAAACUUGUAGAAUAACAAGAGUGGUCUUCAGUGAAGAAAAAGAAACUGUAUAUUCUACAUGUGAUGGAAGAACUAGAACGGUUAUUCAAAAUGUGUUCGACGAAACUUUGGGGCGCUUUCGUGUUAUGCUUCAUCUGCAUUCAAUUGGCGUCUACAGCUGACAGUACAGUACAAAUGCAGCCACCACGAUUCAGCAUGCAGCCCUCAUCCUCAAACAGCAUAGUCAGAGAAGGCACCACCAAAAUAUUGCAGUGUUCAGCACACGGGAUUCCUCAACCAGUAUAUAGAUGGCUGAAAAACGGUAUACCAUUAGGAGAAUAUUCAUCAGAGCUCUUUUACAAGAUCCUCAAUACCCAACGAGAUGAUGCAGGAGCAUAUCAAUGCAUCGCCAAAAACGACGUCGGCGCCAUAUUCAGCGAAAAAAACAAUAUUGUCGUUGCGUAUAUGGGCGUAUUCGGGAACAUAGAACAAGAUGUAGUAGUUGUCGAAUCCGGCAGAGCUGCAAUUCUUGAUUUUCCUUAUAUUGAAUCUGAACCACCUCCUUCAGUGGUAUGGCAAGAUCAAAAUGGAGCUCUUCGUUACGACCAAAAAUAUGCUCUUACGCCACAACAUCAACUCGUCAUUCUAUCAGCUUCUAGUGAAGACGAAAGGCCAUACAGAGUUCGAGCGAUAAACACGCAACUAGGAAAAGUAGAGAACAGCCCUUACAUCAAAUUAACUGUAUAUGGUGACGACGAAAAAGAAAUACCACCAGAAAUUAUAAUCAAACCACAAGACACCAAAAUCACAAAAGGCCAAGAAAUUGUAAACUUAUAUUGCAUAGCUAAUGCCAGGCCUCUGCACGAAUUAGAAACACUUUGGUUUAAAGAUGGCAUUUUAAUAGAUCUGGCCGGCGUCACUUACGAUUUACAAGACCAAUGGAACAGAACCUUGAGCUUAAUUUCAGCUAAUUUAAGUCAUACAGGUCAAUACACAUGCCAGGCGAGAUUAAAAACGGGAGGAUUCGCAACCGUCACGGCUUCUGCCGCCGUCACUGUAAUUGAGAAGCCGGUGUUUACGACCACUUUAAAAUCCGAAACGUUUGGUGAAUUUGGUAGUACCAUAGUAUUAGAAUGCAACGUGCAAGGAAUUCCGUUGCCGGGCAUCACCUGGUACAAAGAUUCAAGAAAAAUUUGGAGCGUCGGCGCAGAAACCGAAGAAACCGAUAACUCUGAUGUGGACGAUGGGGGAAGACGCUAUCGUGUCGAGGUAGACCGCUCUCUCGUCAUCAGCGACCUAAAAAUGGACGAUAUGGGUAUCUUCCAGUGUAUCGCCAGCAAUGAAGCUGGCGAAUCAUCCAUUUAUACAUGGUUAAAAAUAAAAACUAAACAACAUAUUCGCGUACCGCGCAGUCAGAUGAAGUUAAUAAGAGUGAGGACUGCGGAUAAAAAGGCAAAAACGUUCAAAUUCGAUACUGGCACGUCCCCGCCAGUAAUGCAGAGCCCGCCAGCCAACCUUACCGUGCUGGACGGGAAAGACGCCACCAUCGCGUGCCGGGCCAUCGGCGCGCCCACUCCCAACGUUACUUGGUACUUCAACGACUCCCUGAUUAUAAAUCUGUCAGCGAGAUUGCAAGCGUUAGAGCACGGAGACCUGCUCAUUACCAGCACAACCACGGCCGACACCGGCAAAUAUACCUGCGUGCGCGCAAACGACGCGGGCAGCGUUUCCGGGGAAGCCUACUUAACUGUACUAGUGAGAACGCAGAUUAUUGCACCCCCCGUGGACACGCGCGUUUUGCUCGGCCACACGGCUACUUUACAGUGCAAGGUUUCAAAUGACCCCAACGUGAAAUACAAUAUCGACUGGUUCCAUAAUAAUCAGCCUAUGACAGCCGGUUCCCGGGUGUGGGUCGCGGCAGAUGGCUCGCUGCAAGUGCAAGCCGUACGCGCCAGUGACGCGGGCGAGUACUCGUGCGUCGUGACGUCACCCGGCGGGAACCACACGCGGAAAGCUGUGCUGUCCGUUAUUGAACUACCCUUCGCCCCGACUAAUGUCAGGGCCGUUAGAUUAGAUGCAACAUCGCAAAGAGCUAUUAAUGUUUCGUGGACGCCGGGCUUUGAUGGGAACUCGCCGAUACAGAAGUUCAUUGUGCAGAGGCGUGUUGUGCCGGAAUUUGGUCCUACUCCAGAUCCUCUGUUAAACUGGGUAACUGAACCGACAAACGUCUCCGCGAAUCAACGAUGGGUUCUCCUGACCAGCUUGAAAGCGGCUACUUCUUACCAAUUUAGAGUUUCUGCCGUCAAUACUGUGGGCGAAGGCCCCGCCUCGGACCCCACGGACGUUUUAACUUUGCCACAAGAAGCUCCCUCCGGCCCACCUAUUGGUUUUAUGGGCUCGGCUCGAUCAUCUUCUGAAAUCAUCACCCAAUGGCAGCCGCCUCUAGAAGAGCAUCGCAAUGGCCACAUCCUUGGUUACGUCAUCCGAUACAGACUUCGUGGCUACGACAACAGCCCCUGGACUAACCAAAACAUCACCAACGAGGCCCAAAGAAACUACCUGAUCCAAGACUUGAUCACCUGGAAAGAUUACAACGUACAAAUAGCGGCUUACAAUGAUAAAGGCGUAGGUGUGUUCACUGAUAGUUACACUAUCAAAACAAAGGAAGGUGUGCCAGAAGCCGCUCCUGACAGUGUUCGCUGUGAAGCCUUCAACUCUACCUCCAUCGCUGUUUGGUGGACUCCGCCGAAUCCUCAAAAGAUAAACGGAAUCAACCAGGGCUACAAAAUCCAAGCAUGGCGAUGGGACGAACUUGAAGCGGAUAAUACGGAACAGAAGCUCGUCAGUGUUCCGCCAAACCUUUUGGAUCCGCUGACCGAACAGACGGCCAUAAUUAGCGGCCUUGAAAAAUUCACGGACUACAACAUAUCAGUAUUAUGUUUCACUGAACCAGGGGAUGGACCCCGCAGCGAGUUUGUUCUGGUCAGAACCAAUGAGGACAUUCCGGAUGAAGUAGCGAACCUACAAUUUGACGAUAUCUCUGACCGCGCCGUGCGCGUAUCGUGGACGCCGCCGAAGAAAUCCAACGGAAUUCUAGUGGGAUACAAGCUCUCCUACCAAGUGAAAGAUGACCACACUACAUCUAUUAACGAAACACUACCGGCCAACGUUACCAGCAUACGAGUCGAACAUUUACAGGCAAGCACACACUACAAGUUCUGGCUGUGCGCGCUGACGGGCGUCGGCGAAGGACCGGCGCGCUCCGCGGUCAUUCAGUCGGGGGUGGAACCCGUGCUGCCGGACGCGCCGCGCAACCUGGCGUUGUCCAACAUCGGCGCCUUCUCCGUGCUGCUGCAGUUCACGCCCGGCUUCGACGGCAACUCUUCCAUCUCGCUCUGGACCGUACAGGCACAAACUGCACGCAACUCAUCCUGGAUAACAGUAUUCGAAGCAAACGCCCCAGACGCCCAGUCCAUACUCGUGACCGGACUAGUGCCGUUCACCACGUACCGGCUACGCGUAAUAGCGACCAACGUCGUCGGGACUUCACCGCCUUCUGAACCGUGCAAAGAGUUUCAAACCAUCCAAGCCCCUCCGCAGCACCCGCCGAGAAAUGUGACUGUACGGGCAGUGAGCGCUAAUAAUCUCCGCGUCAGAUGGAUCCCGCUACAGCAAAGCGAAUGGUACGGCAAUCCAAAAGGCUACAACAUAACUUACAAGCAAAGCGGCACUAACGAGACAUUGUUCAACAUCAUAGAGGACCAUACGGCCAACUCCCACAUACUGUCCAACCUAGAGGAGUGGUCCGUGUACGAGAUACAGAUGACUGCCAUCAACGAGGUCGGUAUCUCUACUGAGAGCCCGAUGGCCACCGAAAGGACUAGAGAAGCCGUACCAUCUUCCGGACCAGCUAAUGUAUCAGCUAACGCGACGUCAUCUACAACAGUAGUUGUGCUAUGGGGCGACAUCCCAGCUAAAGAUCAAAACGGUCUGAUCGAGGGAUACAAAGUUUGCUACGCGGCCAUAGUGCCACCUCCUAGGCCCGACCAUCAAAAAGUGGAAUGCCAAUCCAUACCCUCCAACCAAACGCACACUAUCACACUAACAGAACUGCGUAAAUAUGUUGUGUAUCAGAUACAAGUACUGGGAUACACUAGAUUGGGAGAUGGAGCGCUUAGCGAUCCCCCUGUUACAGUGCGGACGUUCGAUGACACUCCCGGUCCACCUUCCAAUGUAUCUUUCCCCGACGUGACUUAUACGACCGCUCGUAUCAUUUGGGACGUUCCCGAAGACCCCAACGGAGAAAUAUUGGCGUAUAGAGUGUCGUACCAUCUCAACAGCUCGACGCAGCAACAGUUUUCAAGAGAAUUCCUACCGUCAGACAGAACGUUUAGGGCAACAGAGCUGCAGUCAGAGAAGUACUACCAGUUCUCAGUGACGGCACAGACGCGUCUCGGCUGGGGCGGCACUGCGCGCGCCCUGGUGCUGACCACAGUGAACCGCGCCGCGCCCGCGCCGCCCGCCCGGCCUAACGUGGCGCGAUCUCUGCUGCAGCCACACCACAUCACCUUCUCGUGGACGCCUGGCAGCGACGGCUAUGCGCCGCUACGCUAUUACACAGUACAACAAAAAGAAGAAGGCGCCACAUGGCAGACGAUCCCCGAGCGCGUGGACCCGUUCGCGACGUCCUACACCGUGGAAGGGCUGAAGCCAUACACGGCUUAUCAGUUCCGCAUACGGGCCACCAACGACAUCGGGCCCAGUCGCUAUAGCAACGCUACUGAAACCGUCCGCACUUUGCCUGCAGCCCCAAGCAAAGCCAUAGAAAAACUCCACGUGGUCCCGAUAACGCCAAGUAGCGUUCGAGUGCAAUGGACUCCGCUUACCGAACAAUACUGGAGCGGCGACACGCAGACCGGCGGCUACCGGGUCUACUACCAGCCCCUGACGGAUUUCCCCACGCCUCUGCAUCAUACUAUGAAACAAGAAGUGCCCGGCAUUAAGAGCGAAGAAGUAGUUCUAACGGACCUGGCGGUGGACCGCAAUUACGAGAUCAGCGUGUGCGCGGUGAACUCGCAGGGCUCGGGCCCCGGCGGCACGCCGGCGGUGGUGUGGGUGGGCGAGGCCGUGCCCACCGCGCCGCCGCGGGACGUCAGCGCCGAGCCGCUGUCGCCCACCGAGGUGGCGCUCGCCUGGCAGCCGCCGCUGCUGGCGCAGCAGAACGGCGACCUGCUGGGGUACAAGAUCUUCUACUUAAUGACCGAGUCCCCAGAAGAGCCCGAGCCGGGCCGCAAAGCCGAAGAAGAGAUAGAGGUCGUAGCUGCAACCGCCACAUCUCAUUCUCUAGUCUUCCUCGAUAAGUUCACGCAGUAUCGUAUUCAGGUCCUUGCAUUCAACCCGGCCGGCGACGGGCCGCGUUCCAGCUCUAUCCUCGUACGAACGCACCAAGGCUUGCCGACGGCGCCGCGUAACAUCACCUUCACCGACAUCACGAUGAACAGCCUCGUCGUGUCCUGGGAGGCACCGUAUCGGCGGAACGGCCUUAUACAGUCGUAUCUAGUCACUUAUGAAACCAUCGAACAGGACGAACAGCUGAGCAAGCAAGUGAAGCAGAAGGUGACGGAGCGGCGGCUGGCCGUGGGCGGGCUGGAGGAGGAGGUGGAGUACCGGUUCUCGGUGCGCGCCGUGACGCUGGGCGCGGGCCCGGCGGGGGCGGGCCGGGCGCGCACGGGCCCGCAGGCCGGCUCGCCCGCCACGCCGCGCGCGCUGCAGCUGGCGCCGCUGCCCGCCGCGCUGCACCUGGCCUGGACCAACGCCGCCUCGGGCCGCGGCCCGCUGCUCGGAUACUACAUCGAGGCCAGGAAGAAAGCCAAGGAAACGUGGCAGGCCUAUGAUACGAGAUGGGAAACGAUCACGAGAACCAGCAACGGAAUGUUAGAAGAAUUCACGAUAUCAUAUCAAAGCCUGCUACCCUCCACUGCCUACAAUUUCCGAGUGAUAGCAUACAACAUGUACGGUAUCAGCAACCCGGCGUACAACGAGAAGGUCAUAGUGACCCCGUCGAAGCUAUACUUGGAGUACGGGUACCUGCAGUACCCGCCGGUUUAUCGCCGCACGUGGUUCGUGGUGGCGUUGGCGGCCGCUUCUGUGGUCAUCAUUAUUAUGGUGAUAGCCAUACUCUGCGUGAAGAGCAAGAGCUACAAAUAUAAAAAAGAAGCACAGAAGACUCUGGAGGAGUCGCUGGCGGGGUCGACGGACGAGCGCGGGUCGCUGGCGCUGGACCUGUACCGCUCGCGCGCCAACUCGGCGACGUCGGCGGCGCUGGGUGCGGGCGCGGGCACGCUGCGCCGCAAGCCGGCGCCGCAGCUGGGCAAGUCGCCGCCGCGGCCCUCGCCCGCCUCCGUGGCCUACCACAGCGACGAGGAGAGCCUGCGCGCCUACGACGAGAACCCCGACGACUCCUCGCUCACCGAGAAGCCCUCCGAGAUGAGCUCCUCCGACUCCCAGAAUUCGGAGAGUGAUAACGAAAGCGUUAGAUCGGAGCCGCACUCGUUCGUGAACCACUACGCGAACGUGAACGACACGCUCCGACAGUCGUGGAAGCGGCAGCGGCCCGUCCGCAACUACUCCAGCUACACGGAUUCGGAGCCCGAGGGCAGCGCCGUGGUGAGCCUCAACGGCGGCCAGAUCGUCAUGAACAACAUGGCGCGCUCCAGGGCGCCGCUGCCCGGCUUUUCCUCCUUCGUAUGACGGCGGUCGUGCGAGCAGCUCCAGCCUGCGCCCACCUUACACAUAUAAUGUAACGGUCACUGCCCAUUCCCAAUUAUGUAUUUACUUAUUUAAUUAAUUCCCAAUGUACAUAUCAGUUAUACUUGUGAAGUAAGUUUUAGAAAUGGUAGCUGUUAAAUAAAUUUGUUAUCGACAGAUCUAGUGACUUAACUCGAGCGCCUUGUUACUUUUAGAAUAGAUGUAAUACGGUCAAGGAAUUUAAUUUCAGUACCAUUUCGUACCUAGUCAAGUUGUCACAUUGACAAUAGGUUCCUAGCGACUUUAAUAUAGAUUGUGCUGUUUAAUGUAUAAUUUAGAUAGCAUAUUAUGCAGUGAAUAGCACGUGUGACGGGUGCAAAUAAUGAAGAAUUCUUCUGGAAAUACCAAUAAGUAACCAAUUCUUGGACAUCAUUCGGCGGUUCGUGGUCCAGGCCGCCAAUACGCUUUGUACUGCUGCUCCAGCUAUCCUCCAGUGCAUCGUGAAGGCCUAUCACCGUACAUCAUGCAUUAAUACUUUGUAUUAUGAAAUAUUUUACUUGUGAUAUAUUACUGUAUUUUGGCAAAGGCCCAUGAGGCUGCCACUUCUCCAAUAAACAACAACAAUAUUGACUGUCACAGUGACAAGGCACGAAAUGGUACGGAAAUAAAAUUCUUUGACUGUAGUAGACGCGUGAGUGCGAAAGAUAAAAUGUGAGUGUUCAUUAUAAAUAACAAUUUUCGUUGGUAUUAAUUAGGUAUUUUCUCACUAGAUCUGCAAGCAGUCAGUAGAAGUCGUUACGCAGAAUAACCUGCUAAAAAUGAUACAUACAAGCUAGAUUUGUGUCUAGAUUGUUUUUACCACGUUAUUUGCCUAGCUACUAUACUUAUUGCAGCUGACUAUAUUAGAAAAAUGAACGUAUGUGUUCUUACGUUUAAUUAUAUAUCAUAGAUUACUUUAAAUAUUAGAACGACCAAUGUUAUAUCAAUAGCAAAAUUUUAGAGAUCUCGUUAUAUCAAAAUAUUUUGAUUAUUUACGAUAUUAAUAAUAAAGACAUAAUUGUUUUGUGAUUUCAUAAAUCUAGACACGAAUACACAAAUAUAUGUAGUCGUGAAUGAGUUAACUUCGCAGCACACAGCUUAAAGAUAAAGAGUCUGUCAACCCACACAACCGACGCAGCACAUAAUCUGUUACCUUUAAUACAUUACGUGUUUAGUUCUGUAAUCGAAGGACUAUUUAGCAAACGUUAAUGACUGUCCUUUAUAUUAUUUCUAUCCUGGACUUCUUACUAAAAUAUAUCUUACUGACUGUACCAACCAUUACCACCACCGCUGUCGGUUAUCUGCGUGGACAGACUUAUAGCCAUAAAAAACUUGAAAAUUAAGAUUUUCUCAAUGUAUUCCUAUUGCACAUACAACAUAUUUAUAAACCACAACAUUACACGACUUUGACGACUGAGCUAAAGUCACGGCAUUAGUCGUACGUAACUUACAUUCAAACAAAAGUUACAUUAGGUACUUAAUUAAUAAUUAUAAUAAAAAAAUAUGAUUAAAUUAAGUCAUAUAAUACCACAAAAUCAAUACCUACCCUUGGAUGGGCAUAUUUGUUAUAAUAAUGAAUCAAUAAUCGAUAUUAUACGUUACGUAAGUAUCUAAUCAUUUUAAGUAUUUACUUAAGCUUAUGGCGGUUACUUACAAAGUUGAUCACACUCUGUGUAUACCCCCCUUCCAGCUGGGCAGCUGCUUCAUAAGCCCGCACCACGCAUUCAUAUAUGCAUCAACAAUAUUAGCCUCGCUUUAGCUUAGUCCAACUACUCGUAGCUCUUCGGUAGGUAGGUACUAUAACAACACAAGAGAUGCGAGCUUUGCUCUAUGUACUUACCUAUAUUAUUUUAGCUAGUUUUUGUUUUCGUGAGUUGGAAAACUUGGAAAUCAAAACUGUAAUAAAAUGAUUUUAAUAGUUAUUUGUUUUACAAGGGGGCAAAGUUGUUGUUUAACCGCUCGUGCAAAUAUUGAUACCCGAGGAAGCGAAAGAUUCCAAAAUUGAACCACGAGCGUAGCGAGUGGUUCGAAUAAUGGAAUCUUGAGCGAUGCGAGGGUUUCAAAGAACGAGGGUUAAAAAAAAUUGCCCCCGAGUGAAACAUAAUUUUUCACCACACCAACCUGAAGCAAAUAUUAAAUGUAAAAUAUCAAACAAAUUCAAAUCCAAAUGAAUGUUAUUAAAUAUUUAUUAUCCAAAAUCAUUAUUUAAAAGUCAAUUCUACCAGCAAACAUAAGAAAACAACUCAAAUUUUGCAUUUGAUUACUUUGCCCCAUAUGUUAAUAAAAUGCAACUUUGCUAUCAGUUUUUGAAGUGCAAAGUAAGCCUUUCCGAGCUGGUGUGGUGAAAAUACCAUUGAUAUUGCAUGUUGGUGCCUCGAAAGUCGAAAGCUGUCGUGAAUCUUAAGUGACAAAACGAUCUUUGUGUAUUCAUUCAAUUAAUAGUUCAUUCCAUUCUACCUAUAUAAUAUCCUUGCCUAUGUUUUGAAUAUGAUGAACAGUAUUGAUCGAACAUUUGAAAUAGUUCAGUAAUUUAUGUUAUAAGGUAUAAUAUUGAGAUGAGACAUAAUUUAGGUUAAUUUCUUAACGUUUUUAUAUGGAGCAAAGAAAUUUAAUGAAAUCGACUGAUAAUUUUAAAAGUAUAACUCCGAUUUAUGUAAAUAAAAUUAGUAUUAUCCAUAAAAAUAAGGCAGCAUGCAUUUAAUUUAAGAACAAGCUUGAAGACUAGGCACAAUUUUAUUAAAAUAACUGUGAUCUAUUGUAAUAUAAAUUUCAAUAUUAAAACUUUUUGACUAUUACAUUAUAGGCAUGUAAAUUAAAGUUAGUUGUUAAUUACCUAGUGUGAAAUUCACUUAAACAAAUAAUACAGCAUUGUUAGUGAUAUAUACUUACUGAAGUUAAGAUGCACUUUAUACUAUGUUUUCCACUUCUUAAUGAUUUACAUUUUGAUAACAUAAUUUAAUUGAUCAAUGGACCAGUUUUAGGUUUUUACAGCUUUAUUAGAUUGUAUGCAUAUACACAUUGAUUGUAUAACGACCAAGGACAACUUUAUUGUGCUCAGUGCGACAUUUAAAACUAAGGGUUUUGCGAGCCAUAUACGUGCUCAUCAGGGACAAUAUUGUAAAGGUCGCCGUUGUUGAAUACAAGAUGGAGUUGGAGGACUGUUAGAUUGUAAAGGUUUUAUGAUAAUGAAAUGUUAUGAACGUAUGCAAACCGCAAAUGCUGCUAUAGGUAUUGGCAUCAGAGUUGAGGUCACACACACAACUUGAUUGUCAUGUAAUUACGAGAUUUUCAAAUGGAACAAUAAUUUUUUUGUACCUAUCCUUUCACGUUCAACAGCUAACUUCAAUGAUUUACAUGGUUUAUGAAUAAAAAGUAUCUUCAAUUAUUUUUCGCGCGCUAUCUCACUGAACACAUAUAUAUACUCAUUCAUUCCGACGCAAAAAGAGGGUUGUUGUAAGUUUGACCGCUAUGUGUUUGUGUGUCUGUCUGUGUAUCUUUGUGGCACUGUAGCUCUUAAACGGGUUAACCGAUUUGAAUGCGGUUUUAUUUAUUAAAAGAGAGUUUUGUAUUGGUGGUUCUUAGACUUUACCAAAAUCGGUUGAUGUGUUUAUGUGUUGUUGCUAUUAGUGCCGAUACUUAUUCACCUCUACUCUCCUGCCGACACCUAUACUUGUGGAUAGGAAUGGCACUAAAAGGUAGAGAACUGUAUUAUUCUUUUAUGUAAUUGCCAUACAAAAUAUAUCAGGUGCCAUUAUUUGGGCGAUAAUUCCCUUAUUUGUAACUUUCAAUAUUUGGAUGUUUACUUUAUAACAAUACAGAAUUGUAGCAUAAAA